AACUUAACACGUGACGUUUGAAGGUGUCAAAAUUUGUAGGUACAUCAUCAUACGAUUAUUUGCCCAAGGAAUACAGAAUAUAUAUAAAGUAUAUGGCAAUUUUUCGACCCCCACAGAAGAAGAAAGGUGCUUCAAAGGAGUUUUUCACUCCAUUACCUGUGCCAAUCGCAAGUAUUAACAAAGCAGUCCCGAAACUUGAGUUAUGGAGUUAUUACGAUGGUCAUUUAAAAGAGGAUCAUAUUAAAGUAGAACUAAAAGGAGACAUUCAUUGUCUACACACACAAGGUUUCUUUGGCAGGUUAGUAAAAACUGCAACCCAAAAUGAUGAACCAACAGAAGAUGAAAAGUCGAAACUAUCUAUCGAUUGCAAAGGCUCUGACACAUCUACAAAUCACGAUUCCUGCUUGAAUAAAAUCAGUGGUCACUCAUCCACCAUUCCCACACAACAUAAACAGCAUGAAACUGCACUAGCUGCAAAAGUAGAAGAGAUUUUAGUUCUGACAUAUGAAGAAGCAUUUUUUCUAUCUUAUGGACUUGGCUGCUUGUUUGUCAAGGACUAUAAUGGAGAGAACAUAAAUAUAGAACAGCAGUGGAAUAUUUUCUGUAAACGCAACAUGCGGUUUCCAGUCACAUACUGUGCAUAUCAUCACUUCAGAAGCAAAGGUUGGGUUCCAAGGGAUGGCAUACGCUAUGGUGGUGACUUGGUGUUGUAUAGGAAAGGCCCACCUUAUUACCACGCAAGCUACAUUGUGAUAAUUGUGUCAGUGGAUGCAGAAACUUUACAGGAAACUGUUUUUAGAGAGGCCAAGAACAGAACAUUUUCAUGGCCCACAAUGUCAGGGCAACUGAGGCUAGCUACCUCUGUUUCAAAAGAGGUUAUGCUCUGUCAUGUGGUGGUGCCAACAAAGUACCUGAAAUCAGAUUCGUGUGAUGUAUCAUGUUUGAAUAACUUUCAAGUUAAAGAAACCAUUGUUUCAAGAUGGAUUUCCACAAAGGAAAGGGAAAAGGAACUUUUGGAUAUAGACUGUGACUUUUAAUUUAAUAUAUGAUGUACUACUGUACUUGUUUACCAUUUAAAAAAGUUCAUAAUAUGGUUCAAAGUUUUUGUCCCAAUCAUGCAAAUUAACCUUUUAUUUUUUUCUGCUCCAAGAAGUCAAUGAUAGGAGGCUAGGGGCCAAUUGGUAUGACUGUUAAGUUGGCAAACUGUGAGUCUGUGUUUCGAAACAUUCUUUCUAAAAUUGACACAUUCCUCUUUGACUGUGAUGGUGUGCUUUGGCAAGGAAACAUUGCUGUGAAAGGAGCACCUGCUGUUGUUGCACACUUGAAAAGUUUGGGCAAACAGGUUUGUUAUGUUACAAACAAUAGCACAAAGUCACGGCACAGAUAUGUUGAGAAACUGACCAGACUUGGCUUUCCUGCAGAUGUCAAUUCCGUCUUCAGCACGGCAUACACCAGUGCCCUGUAUUUGAAAAAUAUUGCAAAGGUACAAGGAAAGGUUUACUUAGUGGGCAAUCCAGCCAUGGCAGAGGAAUUGGACAGCUUAAAAAUCCAACACUUUGGUUCAGGACCAGAUAAUCAAGUCACGACGCAAGACCAUGAUGAAGUUAGAAGUUGUGCUCUUGAAAAUGAUGUUAGUGCUGUUCUAGUUGGUUACGAUGGACAUAUAAGUUACACCAAGAUGAUCAAAGCUGCUUCGUAUUUAAAUGACCCUAAAUGCUUGUAUGUUGCCACCAAUGAGGAUCACAGAAUGCCAUUAAAUGGAGAAAGGCAUGUUGUGCCAGGAACUGGAUGCGUGGUGGCAAGUGUAACAGUUGCUGCUGGUAGAAAUCCUGAUGUUAUUGCUGGCAAACCAGGCACUUUCAUGUUGAAAUGUAUACAACAAACUGUGGAAAUUGACCCUACUAAAUGCAUGAUGGUAGGUGACCGUAUGAACACUGACAUAUUGUUUGGUAAUCAAAGUGAGCUGCAUACAUUACUUGUACUUUCUGGUGUUGAAGACCAAGAAUCAUUAAACAAGGCAGUAGAAAGUUCUGACCCAAAUAUGAAACGCCAAGUUCCAGAGUAUUGCAUGGGUUCUAUUGGAGAUUGGGCAAAUUAUUUUUAAUUAUGUAUAGCAUAUUUGCUAUUUUUAGAAUCUUAGAUCAAUUGCAUAUAUAUGUCCUGUUAGUAUGCAAUUUAUGAAACCAGUUUAUGUAUCUCUGAUGAAACUAGCGCAGUUCUAACUGCUACUGGUCAAGAAUUUGUGAAAUGUUUAAAACUCUUUAUAAUCUGUGCUGAGGAACAAUAUAGAAUUUUUUAUCCAAUGCCAUAUUAAUAUUGCCUUUGUGUGUGUGUUUAUGCAUCAUGAAAUCGUUAGAAUAAUUAAAAACAUGUUUCCUUUUCACUACAUUGUAACUGUGCUAGUUUGACCAAUUUUUUCAAGUGGCAUGAUUUGCCACUAACAGUGCAUUAUUUAAAGAAUACAACAUUUGCUGUUUAAAAA